AUGCGAGGGCUAUGGACUGCCGUAGCAGCCUUGCUAAUGCAUUCAGCACUGGGCCAACAGCCUGCUGGCACCCAUAUGUUUGUGAAUUAUCCGGGACUCAGCUGCAAAGACGCCCUGUCCACAAAUGUAACUUGUCUCCCUUUUCUUGUUUCCGUAUCGCCAAACAACGGCCCUUUGGAUGAGGAUGGCGGACUGCUUCAUACAUGGUAUUACUCCGCCCAACUUGGCGGUGCGGAGUAUCUGACGACCGAUCCAACCCCUGAAUCCUUUAGAUAG